CCUGUAUCAUGUAACAGAGACAGACGAAGUGUGCAGAGGUCGGUGAGAAGCAAUUUGGUCACCAUGCUCCAACUCUCUUCUCUAGGGAGAAAAGAAAAAUAGAGAGAAAGGUAAAGAGUAGAGCUAAUGAUUCGGGCGACGCUAAAAGGUUGAAUGUUCGAGAGAAACGGAGUCUCAGAGACUGUGAAAACAAAAAAUCAAAAUCCUCAGUUACAGACGAUUUGGUCCCCUCUCUUCUCUCUCUGCGUCCGUCUUGUGCGUCGAUUUGUCUCCAUCUCCUUCUCUCUCCGCCUACUUUCUCAGGACUACUCCAAUUCGCCGACUUUUUCUCCUCUGUUCUCUGCAUUUGGAUUGAUGCCACUUUAAUACUUUGAGGUUCUCACUCUCUCUUUCUCUCUUCGCUGACUUCGAUUGCUUCAGUACCCUUUUUCUCAGGUCAGCUACGAUGAUAGCUUUAUUCAGACAAGAAGAUCAAAGUUUUGAUCUUUUUGUUUUGGUUUUCUUAAGAGAUGGUUAAUUAGGUCUUGAGUGCGCUGUUUUGAAUCGUUCUUCAGUGUGAUUAAACAAUUGGUUUUGAUUUGACUAAUCAUGUUGCCAUUAAACUAAGUGAAAAUCUCUGCUUUUUUUAUAUUGCAUAUUGAUGAUUGAGACAUUGAUUUCUUUUCUAUUUCUUUAUUUCCCAGUUUCUAAUUUGGGAACUGAAAAGUUUUCUAAUUUAAGCAUUACAAAGUGUACAAUUUUUGUUUCUGGCAAGUUUUUCUUGGCCUAAUUCGUCUAUUUUAUGAAUUCACCUUUUUAGGAUCAAGACUUCGUAAAAGAUUGUUUCUGUAAAACGCAACACCAUGCCUCUGUUUGAGCUUUUCAGGCUCACCAAAGCUAAGCUUGAAUCUGCUCAAGACAGGAACCCUUCUCCACCUGUAGAUGAAGUUGUGGAGCUGGUGUGGGAAAAUGGUCAGAUAUCAACUCAAAGUCAGUCAAGUAGAUCGAGGAACAUUCCUCCACCACAAGCAAACUCUUCUAGAGCUAGAGAGAUUGGAAAUGGCUCAAAGACGACUAUGGUGGACGAGAUCCCUAUGUCAGUGCCAUCACUAAUGACGGGUUUGAGUCAAGACGAUGACUUUGUUCCAUGGUUGAAUCAUCAUCCCUCCCUUGAUGGAUAUUGCUCUGAUUUCUUGCGUGAUGUGUCGUCUCCUGUUACUGUCAACGAGCAAGAGAGUGAUAUGGCGGUAAACCAAACUGCUUUCCCGUUGUUUCAGAGAAGAAAGGAUGGCAAUGAAUCAGCUCCUGCUGCUUCUUCGUCGCAGUAUAACGGUUUCCAAUCGCAUUCUCUGUAUGGAAGUGAUAGAGCUAGAGAUCUUCCUAGCCAACAAACCAAUCCGGAUCGGUUUACUCAGACGCAGGAACCACUAAUUACUAGUAACAAGCCUAGUUUGGUCAACUUUUCACAUUUCUUACGCCCUGCAACUUUUGCGAAGACUACUAAUAAUAACCUUCAUGACACUAAAGAAAAGAGUCCUCAAAGCCCGCCAAAUGUGUUUCAGACCAGAGUUCUUGGAGCUAAAGACUCUGAAGAUAAGGUUCUUAACGAGUCUGUUGCUUCUGCUACGCCUAAAGAUAACCAAAAGGCUUGCCUAAUAUCAGAGGACUCAUGUAGAAAAGACCAAGAGAGUGAAAAAGCAGUUGUAUGUUCUUCUGUUGGCUCGGGUAAUAGUCUCGAUGGCCCAUCCGAAAGUCCUUCACUUUCUUUAAAGAGAAAGCAUUCGAAUAUUCAAGACAUUGACUGUCAUAGUGAAGAUGUGGAAGAAGAAUCAGGAGAUGGAAGAAAGGAAGCAGGUCCAUCUCGAACGGGUUUGGGUUCAAAGAGAAGCCGCUCUGCAGAAGUGCAUAAUCUGUCUGAAAGGAGACGGCGUGAUAGGAUCAACGAGAAGAUGCGUGCCCUGCAAGAACUCAUUCCAAACUGUAACAAGGUGGACAAAGCUUCGAUGCUAGAUGAAGCCAUCGAGUAUCUCAAGUCACUCCAACUUCAAGUGCAGAUCAUGUCAAUGGCGUCUGGUUACUAUCUGCCACCGGCGGUUAUGUUCCCACCGGGUAUGGGGCAUUACCCGGCAGCAGCUGCUGCAAUGGCAAUGGGUAUGGGAAUGCCUUAUGCAAUGGGCUUGCCUGAUUUGAGCCGUGGUGGUUCAUCGGUUAACCACGGACCACAGUUCCAAGUCUCGGGGAUGCAACAACAACCAGUGGCGAUGGGUAUUCCACGUGUCUCUGGUGGUGGUAUCUUUGCCGGUUCUUCGACGAUUGGCAAUGGCUCGACUAGAGAUUUAUCUGGUUCUAAAGAUCAAACAACGACGAAUAACAACAGUAACUUGAAACCAAUAAAGAGAAAACAGGGGUCUUCUGAUCAGUUUUGUGGAUCGUCGUGACAUAAAUACAAACUUAUGAACUGAUGUAUUGUUUAUUUGUAGCAUUCAAACAAAUCUAUUUUAUAAUCCUAAACAAAAUUAAUUUGUGUUCGUUAUAACAGUGAAGAGCUUUGUGCUUAUUGGUGGGUUCUGUUCUGUUUCUUGUUUUGAAUUAAAAAAUGUUUUUAAUAUUUUCAAAGGUUUUGUUCCCUUUUUAAUGUAGCGUGGGGUUCACUAUAUAGAUGGACCUGGUUAAACAAGCGUGAUGGGCUUCUCAGCCCAUUUUGUUAAAUAACUUAAUUAUGACA